AUGAAGCCGGAAUCGCUAGUAAUCGUCGGUCAGCCAUACGGUGUUGAAUUUGUUCCCGGGCCUUGUACACACCGCCCGUCACAGUAUAGAAUGCUGGUUUAUCUAAAGUACUGCUUUACAGGUCUUCCCUUUCCCCCAGGCCGUGGAACUAUACCUCCCACACGUUUACCAUCUCUUAGAAGAGAACUUGUAGAGUUUUUGUUAAAGGACUCAUGUACGUCAAAAUCUCAGAUAAUUUCAGACUUUGUCUCCAGACGACUGCACCCGAAUCUUUAUCUUCUCUUAAAGUUAGACACUGAAGCUACAUUAGAUGUUCUCAGAUGUGCUUUCUUGGGGGAUGAAAUUUCAAAUGCCUGCUCAGCUUCACCGGAUUCAGCCAAUAAACCUAUAGAGGAAGAAAGAAAGGAAGACAAUGUUACUGAAACUCAAAAUGCUUUGAUUCAGAACACAGUUGAUGCUCUCAUUCAAAUAAUUGAUAUGAAUGUUGUUCUGACAGAUACAACCUUUAGUAGUGGUGAUGAUGGGUUGACAAAAGAGUGGCCUUCCAAGGACAUAGGUUAUCUGUUUGAAUUCAUUGCGUAUUAUGUUUCUCUCCAAAGAGCUAAGAUUUCAAAGGGUAUGCUGUGUCAAAUAUUGAAAUAUUUGACAUCUGACAGUCACUUCUCUACCAAUAUUUCUGUUCAUGGUUCAACUCCAAAAAAUAGAGAGAAGCAAGUACUUGCACUUUUGGAAGUACUUCCAAAGUCAGACUGGGAUACGUCAUUUGUGCUAGAUCUAUGUGAGAGAGCCAAAUAUCAUCAGACACUCGUUGAGCUUCACUUAUUUGGCACCCUAGACUUGUCUAAUUUGAGAAAGGAGGAUACUAUGAAUCCCCUUAAUGGAAGGAAGGUUAAGGAGCACCCUGAAGGAGUCAGACAGUACUUAGAGAAUUUAUCCAAUUUCCCCAAGUACAUGCGGGAAAAAACUAUUCAUGUGCCUGAUGAUCUUAUUGAGCUUUACCUUGAGUUAUUAUGCCAGUACGAAGGUAAUUCAGUUCUCAAGUUUCUGGAAAUGUUUGAUAGCUAUCGAGUUGAACAUUGUUUACGUCUCUGCCAAGAAUAUGGCAUUAUAGAUGCAACUGCAUUCUUAUUAGAAAGGGUUGGUGAUAUUGGUAAAGCUCUUUCACUUACUCUUUCUGAUCUAAAUGAUAAAUUCCUUGAGCUUGAUGCUGCUGUGGAAGCUGUAGUUUUAAACCAUCGCAGAGGUGGUUCUUCGCGUGUGGAUGUAUUCGACUCUGUUUUAAGAACAAAGGAGGGAAGUGACAUCCACAAUCUAUUGCGUGCCUGUAUUGGUCUGUGUCAGCGGAACACCCCUCGUCUAAAUCCUGAGGAGUCAGAAGCACAUUGGUUUAACUUACUUGACUCGUUCUGUGACCCAUUGGUUGACUCAAAUGUUGAAGAAAGAACAUAUGAAAGUAAGAAUUAUUUUGGAAUGCUAUCUGGGUCAGCAGAUUCACAGCAGGACAAGGAUACCUAUAAAUGCAGUUGGAAAAUUUCGAAGUCCCGGAAUGGUCAUAUCUUGAGAAAAUUGCUAUCACAGUUCAUUAAAGAGAUUGUAGAGGGAAUGAUUGGCUUUGUUCACCUUCCGAAAAUUAUGUCUAAACUUCUGUCUGAUAACGGUAGUCAAGAAUUUGGUGAUUUUAAACUUACAAUAUUGGGAAUGCUGGGAACAUAUGGCUUUGAAAGAAGGAUUCUGGAUGCUGCCAAAUCGUUAAUAGAGGAUGACUCGUUUUAUACUAUGAGUUUACUCAAGAAAGGGGCCUCCCAUGGAUAUGCUCCCAAGAGUCUCGUGUGCUGUAUUUGUAAUUGCCUUCUUACAAAGAACAAUGUUACUGCUGGAAUUCGGAUUUUCAACUGUGGCCAUGCAAUUCAUCUUCAAUGUGAAGUUUCGGAAGUUGAGGCAUCAAGCAAAGGAUCUUCGUCGGGAUGCCCUCUAUGCAUGCCUAACAAGAAAUUCCAGCAGUCCCGAAACAAAUCAAUCAUUGUAACGAAUGGCUUGGUCAAUAAAUUCUCAUCAAGGCGCCAAUACCCCCAUGGAAGUACCAUUCAUCCUCAUGACAGUGAUUUAACAGAGAAUAUGUAUGGACAACAACAGAUAUCACGGUUUGAGAUCUUGAGCAACCUGCAGAAAAAUCAGAGAUUUAUGCAAAUAGAAAACUUGCCUCAGCUGAAGCUUGCCCCACCUGCUGUGUACCAUGAAAAGGUAAGUAAAGUUGCAAACUUUCUGACAGGCGAAAGUAGCAACAGUUCUUCUGCUAUUGAGAAAGAAAGUAGAAACAAGCAAAACCGGGAGCUAAGAGUUAAGGGUUCAUCGAUUCGAUUUCCUUUAAAAUCAAGUAUAUUUGGCAAGGAGAAGACAAAUAAGCGGUGA